AUGAAUUACGACUACACUGUUGAACAUAGAGCAGGCGUUCGAAUGCGGCAUGUAGAUGCGUUGAGUAGAAAGAGUUCAGUUAUUAUGGUAAUCUAGGAUAAUCCAUUGGAAUGGAAUUUACUAGUUCGUCAAAGUCAUUGUUGAGAUACGUGAUGGUUUAGAGUGUAGUGAGGACAAACUGUACGAAUUACGAAACGGAAUAGUUUACAGAAAGAGGAACGAUAAGUUAUUAUUUUAUGUGCCACGACAGAUGGAAGCUAAUGUAAUUUUCAAAUACCAUGAUGAAAUGGGUCAUCUAGGCAAAGAGAAAACAUGUAACGUUAUAUUAGAAAAUUAUUGGUUUCCAAAAUUGAGUGAGAAAGUGCAAGCGCAUAUUAAGAACUGUUUAAAAUGUAUUGCGUUUUCGCCAGCAUCGGGAAAAGACGAAGAGUAUUUACACAUUGUACCAAAGGGGAAUGUCCCUUUUGCUACAAUUCUCGUGGAUCACGUAGGUCCAAUAGAUCAGAGGCGAGUAGUGGAACAACAUGUUUUAGUAGUAGUGGAUGCUUUUACCAAGUUUGUUAAAUUGUAUGCAACAAAAACAACAGCGAGUAAAGAAGUGAUUGAAUGUUUAACUGACUAUUUCCAAAAUUAUAGUAGGCCAAUGGUUGUAGUUUCGGAUCGUGGAUCAUGUUUCUCGUCAAAUGAUUUUGAACAAUUUUUGGAAGAAAGACAUGUAAAACAUAUCAAGGUUGCCACAGGGUCACCUCAAGCAAAUGGGCAGGUAGAGAGAGUAAAUCGAGUGUUGGUGCCAAUGUUAGCGAAAUGAGUGAUGACGAAGCCGGAAAAUAUUGUUACAAGGUGAUCAAAGAAGUGGAGUUUGCAUUAAACAAUACGGUGAAUAAAUCGACGGGUCAAACACCGAGUAUGUUAUUGUUUGGAGUAAGUCAGAGAGGGAAGGUAAUUGAUGAUAUGAAAGCCUACGUUGAGAACACUGUUACUGACGAUAUACCAUGUGAUUUUAAAGAAAUACGAGAGCAAGCCGCUGAAAAAAUUUUCAAAGCUCAGGAAUACAAUAAAAAGUAUGUAGAUCAGAAAAGGCGUAAAGUUAACGAAUAUGACCAAGAGUUUAAGGGCCCAUAUGUGGUAAAGAGAAGGUUAAGACAAGAUAGGUAUGUUAUUGUUCAUCCAGAAGGGUUACAAAAUUCGCAGAAACCGUAUCAGGGGGUGUGGGAAGCCAAUAACAUGCGACCCUGGAAAGAUACCACUUUAACUGGUGAUUGACAUGCGACCUUAAAGACGAAAAGAAAAGUUAAAGCGGAAAUGUAAUGCUAUAGUUUAAGUAAGUAUUUUUGUAAUGUUAUGUAUGUUUAUAUUACCGUUGCUCCGAGGACGGAUGAAGGUCAGGAAUGGCCGAGUUGUAAAGGCCUGUUCCCAUUACCGUAACCGUAGUGAGAAUACUACGUGGUAUGGGGUGAAAUUUUUGACUCGAGAGAUGCCCCGGCGGAGCCUACAGUACCGUAGUAAAAAAUUUAAAGUAUAGGGAAACCCAUGUAAAAGCACGGGGGCGUCAGAAGGGCCCGCCGACUCGUUCCGCAGAUUAGCGUGAAAAUCCGGGUCGACCGCCCGCUG